AUGACCUACAUCGGCCCAAUCACGGUGUUCAUGAUGUUUUCACUCACUUCAGGGUAUCCUACAGGCGGCAUCAUUUCACCAGAGCCGGUAGCUACCGCUAUAGUAAGCUCUUCAGAUCUGUGGGCGACAGUAGUGGCAAACAUAGCACCAUUGAUGGCUCUUGUGGGGGAACGCCACGCGAAGGAAUACCUCCGAUCGAUGACAUCAUCAGAGCAGAUAUUCAACCUCUCCGUGGCUCCUGUUGGUAUUCUGUCCAUACUUAUCAGCACAAUCCGCAUCUCUGGCCCGCUCUACCUUCGUCGUUUGAUUGGGCGAGAGUCAGAAAGACGCUGUGAAGCAAUGGUGGAAAUAACUCCCGUCAGUGUGCUGGAAACUACUCCAGUGUAUGUCGACGGCAAGAUCGAGAUUGAGCCUGGCCAGGUCAAAGAGACCGCAUUCUUCUGCUGCCACUAUCGUGCAGUCACACCGCAAGCAGCGGCGCCGGCUCUUACUUCCCUCCUCUCUAUACAACGAAGAUGUUCCAGACUAUCGAAGGCAUUGGACUACGAAACUAUUGUUGUCUUGCGCAAUGUGCAGGAAAUGUCGCUUGCCGAUGGUGCUGCACUUAUAGAAACUCUCAACUCAAGCAGUAAGCCAGAGGAUCUUGAAAGUCUCAAAGGGACUGUUGUAGGCGAUACCACGAUAUCCUUCCGCCUGACCGGUAUCUCUCCUGCAGCCACGCUUCGUACGAAAGGACACUGGACUAGUAAGCUCUUGGAUGUCGUCGCCGGGGGUGCCUUGGGUAUUACAAUUGUCAGUAUCCAGAUAGCGGGCUACAUCAGUAACAAUAAUCCGGUAUCCGGCGAACAAGCCCUCGUAAUGGGCAUCAUCGGAUACGCAGGCAUCUUCCUCGGCACUAUGGCGCUGUUGUCUGUGCUCUUGCAAAACGUUGUUCUCGAGUCUUUCACGUUAGGGGAACUUGCGAAGGGUUCUCGAUGGACAAUUAGCAACUCUUCACACAGCCGCUGGACUGCGAUUGAAUCUGAUAAUCUUGAAGCACUGGUCGCUGCCGCUUCAUCCAAGGCCGUCCCAACAGAAUUAAAAUCGAGGCACUUGAGAACGACGAUAUGCACUCUUGUUCUUAUCGCCUCAUUCGUAGUUUUUUAUCUUGGCUUGAGAGGAAACCCAUGGUGGGUAUCUUUUAGCAUCAUGUUGGUCCUUUGGGUAGCUGCCGCAUACCGGGCCUAUAGGAAUCGCACAAAUUUCACGAUCAUCAGCAGCGAAGUUGGCGAAACUUGGACUUCGAUUCCUGGAGAAACUGUUACGGAUACUGUCGCCAAUACAUUGAGUAUGUCUGAAGUUCGGCCAUCUGGAAAUGCUUUCUUGUGGUUCGACAGUCCCCUUCGUAUCAGCCCUAUGUCAUGGUCUAAUGCGCAAGACAUUAUCAAGGUCGCCAUUGAGCUGACGCACCAAAAGAGUUUACUUCACGGAUGGAGUGGCUCAUAUCAUGCUAUAGCCAGUCCGACAUGGGGUUUCAUCGUUCGGUUCCAUCUGAUCGUUUUCGUGCCGGGAUACGUCUUUCGCUGCACAGAUUCUGUUGAUAUGGCAGUGGAGCUCCGUUUCACCUUCGAUCACCUAACCCAAACUGUCAUCCGUCUUCUACAUACAUGUCUAGACCAAAAGGGCGACAUUACUGCAUAUGACAGCUCUCCAGAUCGCGAGACAAAGAUUGCCGUGGUGCUGAGUGGCCAACGAGAGAGAAAGUCUAUAGGCACUGGCUCCGUAAGCUUACGGGCGUUCCUAGCCAUGUUUACGGGGCCGCGAUUAGAUCAAGCUCUAUUGCUACCAGCAGUUCAGGUCUGCUCAAUUUACGAGCGCUUCUAUUAUACUUCUGAGAAACAGACUGGGAUGCAUACACUAAGACGGCGACAUGUUGAUCAAUUAGCUCCUAGCGCGUCGAAAGAGCAGGUGGCUGCAUUGCGAGAGGAGCUUGAAGAGCAGCACGUAUGGGAUUCUUUUGUUGCACCAUUAAGCACUAUAGGGCCAAAACCUUGUCGCAUAAUACCGCCAUUGCCAGCAGCGCACUACGAGCAACAGAAUCGUGUUUUUGGGGAAACCUCUGGAGGCCGUUGGUGA